CGAUGCAAGUCCUUUGAAAACGGUACGCUGGUGAACAAAAACGUCAAUUGGAUUGCAGUUCUGAAAAGUUUAAAAAUGUUUAAAUUAUCUCUGAAAAGAUACGCUUCAUUGCUCUUCUUUCAAAUGGUGUUUCUCUGUGUAGAUUUAGGAAUCAAUAGUUUUUCCUAUUUAGCUCGCGGGGAUAAGGUGUCAAUCAUCUUUCUGUUCUUGGCUCAAGAUGUCUGUCUGAUUUUAUCGCUUACCGCAAUUAUUUUCAGUCUAUAUUCGACAUAUGUUUACCAGGCUGGCAUGGCUCACUUGUUAUAUGAGAAGUUCCGGAUUCCUUUGCUAGUUGCAAUGGUAUACUUUCUUCUAUGCAUUAGUCUUCAUGCCUGGCAAGUAGUCGACCAUAACAAGUCGCCAUAUCUGUUUCAAUGGCCAAAGGCGUUAACUGCAUUGUUCAUCGUGCAAAGAUUAUUCUCACCACUUUACUACUAUCUAUACAAACGGUCAGCAUUAAAAAUGAGCGAUCCUCGUUACUAUGAGAAUUUAGACUGGAUUACUUCCCAGCUGGCCAUUAAAUAGAAAGUUACAUGCAAAACUCGCUUUAGUUCAAUGUGGAGUUUACUUUCUUGAAGGUUCAGUUUUUAGCACUACUCCCGAUCAACAGGAAACGUGUAGUUGUACUAGAUGCCUAUUUGUUAGUUGUGCUUGUUUUUUGUUACUGAACAUCCAUCAGAGAGCGAGAUCUUUUCAAAAAGCAAGGGAACUUUGACGUGAAUCACACAAUCAUACAUAGAUUAUGUCAAAUCUAACGUGUCCGGCAACAGAACUUGGGAAAAGUUCUGUUUCUAUUUUCCCACUGUUCAUCAAUACGGUGAUUGGAGUGAUUGUGGUGUUAUCUAAGGAAAUACCGGAGACGAUUUGCAUUACCAACAUAGCAGAAUCGUAGUAUUUUGUCACACACUUCGAAUGGAGUAAAAUGCGUUUUCGAUUAACAAGUCGAUUGUAACGAUUUUGAAUCGAUGGCACUGAACUUUAAAUCAGUCAUGUGAAAAAUUUCACGUUUCGUGAAGCAAGUUCGAGAAUUAUCGAAACAUUUGAUUUAAAGAAUUGUAACA